AGAGAGAGAGAGAGAGAGAGAAGAGAAAGAGAAAGAGAGAGCGUGCCAUUGUUGCAAGGAUGUUCAUGAUUAUUCGAGAGGGAUCAGCAGGAGGGGCAGGUAGUACCGGCGGCAUGAGCGCUCCACCGGUGAAAACAGCGAAACAGGUCCAAGCCGCAAUCAAGAAGAAGGUGGAGAAACAGAAAAAGCAAGUCGAAAUGGGUGUGGUGGAGGUAUUCAACAGCAAUGCAAAACCUAAAAUGGGACAGCGAAAGAAUCAGCCCGUCCUUCCUCCCAGCAGAGGUGGAGAUGGUGAGAAGGAAGUUGAAGAGGAGCCCGCUGAGACUGGGGAAUCGAAGGAGAAGGUGGAACUCGACCUCGUACCUAUCGUUGAGUCUGUGUUUGGCCAAGACAGGGAACUGCGGCCAGAAGAGAUAGAAGAACUAAGAGAAGCCUUUAAAGAGUUUGAUAGGAACAAAGGAUACAUCAACUGCAGGGACCUGGGCGAAUGCAUGCGGACGAUGGGAUACAUGCCGACAGAGAUGGAACUCAUUGAACUGAGUCAACAAAUAAGUGGGGGUAAAAUCGACUUUGAGGACUUUGUGGAGCUCAUGGGCCCCAAAAUGCUGGCAGAGACAGCAGACAUGAUCGGAGUCAAGGAGCUGAGAGAUGCCUUUAAAGAGUUUGACUCCAAUGGUGAUGGGCAAAUCAGCGUCACAGAACUGAGAGAAGCCAUGAAAAAGCUGAUGGGAGAACAGCUGAAACCCAGUGAUAUUGACGAUAUCCUUCGUGAUGCCGACCUCAACGGGGACGGACGGGUUGACUUUGAAGAGUUUGUGAGGAUGAUGUCACGUUGACGGAAGCCACACAGACAUUUUACAGACUUUAUUUUCGUCAUAAGUC